UGUCAUCAAACACGUUCUGUUUGCUGUCUUUGAAUUUUUAAACACACUAUGCACACUGCCUAGAACAGAGCCCACAUACCGUACAUUGUAGCUUUUGUUGGGGCAGCAAUAGAAGCUCUCUGAAUUCUACAUGUCUUCAUUACUGGACCACGGCCUGAUUAGGACAGUGGCAGUGGACCGGGUGGUCGCCCCGUUCGCGUGUCACCUGUGUCACCUGGUACUGCUAUGUGACAGCUUGGAGGACCCUAAACACUUUAGCCAGCUGGAGGAGGCGGCUCGGUCUGUGGCUAAAACUACUGCCAAUAUGGCGGCAGUGGCCUCCAGACAAGUUGCAGAGACUGAUGACGAUGUGCUACGUAAGGAAAUGUCCUCUCUGCUGGAACCCGUCACAGUGUCAGGCCAACAUGUGCUGCUGGCGGCCCAGAAGCUCAGCAUCCAACCCGACUUGACUGAGCACAAAGAGGAACUCAUCACUGCUGCACAAACGGUUUUCCUGGGAGUGGUCAAAGUUCUCUUAGUGGAUGACAACUCCACAGUAAGAGAAGUCCUAGCAGCUGCAGAUCAAGUGUCAGAGCAUCUCUCUGACCUCGGCUCCAGCUCGGACAUCCAUUCCCUGCUCAAAGCCUUUCAAGUGUUUUCUGACUCCUUGCUUCAUCUCAGCAGUCUAACCGCUGACAGAGCUGACUCCUUAAAGGAUCCCCGACAGGCCAAAGAGCUUAGAAACUCCUUGGAGAUCCUAAGAAGAUGUAUCCCUAUGCUUCACACCGCUACCUGCACCACCAUCAAGCACCCGACAAGCAAGGAGGCUCAAGCAGCUAAGAAGUUCAUACUGGACAAGGUGCAGAGCACUGUGGACAACAUUGUCAGCACUUUGAAAAGUGAAUGUCAAAGAGGAUCUCUGGGAACGUGUGGUUUUUACACUGAGAGGAGAAUCAGUUUGUUGCAGCUGCUUGAGGGUUGGUCCAACAUGUCAGGUCAUGACUUGGACAGCCUGGUUCGAGAUCUUGUCUUUCACUGCAUGGCUGUGGCCAACUCUUCUCCAAGAGAGCUUCAGCAAAAACUGGUGCUGCACUGUCGACAUGUUCUUCACUUGUGGUCCGAUAUGAAAUACCUUUUGAGGUCCUCUGAGGAUCAUCAGCAGCAUUUUCGGAACAUCUUUGCUUCAUUAGAGGAACUCCUUGAAGGUCUCGACAAAGCAAUGAUGGCUGCCGUUCUUCAUCAACUCUUGGACACGUUUCCGGUAGCGUCUUCUGUCUUUGAGGAACUUUCCAAUGUGGUGAGGGAAGCUCUGGUUGUGGGUUCCUCCACAGAGUCUGAUCUAAGCUUUCUUCAACCACCAGUUGAAGAGUUCAUAUCGUACUCGGAUAGAAUGAUAGAAGUUGCAUGCUUUUUCUCCGCAGUAACCAAGGAUGCAAAGAGCCUAGAGAACGUUGAGAACUCCAGAGUGUGUCUGAUGAGACUGAGAGCCCAGAUUUCUCCUCUGUCUCUGGAAUUGACUGAUAACUCGGUACAAACUCUUGAAAAGCUUAAUGAAUGUUGUCAGAACUGGCAAGAAGGAUGGAGACAGCUCCACGAUGCUGUCAGCGACGUGAUGGACAUCAGAGUGUUUACAAAUUUGGCUCUGACAGAGAUGGCAAAUGAGAGCAGUCGUUGUGAUGAUGCAUACAGGCAACAAAGCCAUGAGCUGUUUCGUGUGCAUGCGACCAAGCUAAUGUGUCAUAUGAAGCUGGUGAUGCGGUCUGUCAGGAGGCAUUUAGACCAGAGUGAAGACCCCAUCUACAGGAAUGGCCUCCUGGUCCUGCUCAAACAGGCGCACAUUUGUCAAAGCAAAGUGAGCCAGUCGGUCAGUGACAUGCUUGCAGGACACAGCAUCAACGUGGAGGCGUCUUCACCCUUUUCUGACAAUGUCUCUGCUGCUAUUCACCAUUUUAAAGUCCUCAGGGAGGGACUGGAUGGCCACCAGCAUCCACAUCUCCUUAGUCCCCUACGGGAGAGUGCCCGUCAGCCCCACGUCUCCGAACACAACUCCUGUGACUUAAAUGAGGAUCAUGGGCUGACGAGUUUGGAUUCGUCGCUCCUGAAGAUGAUUGACACGGAACAUGAGGAGGAGGUGUCAGAUAGAGAAAUCGUGGAAGUGGAGUUGUCUCAUAAAUUUGACGAUGAUUUAAGGAUAGACGAUAACUCAGAGGAGCCUAAACUGAUCCAGAUGCCUUUUGAAUUUGACCUUUUACCCCUCCUACAAGAAGUCGUGAGCGUGACUAAAGGCAAAGAUAUUGCAGCCCUCAACCAGGUGUGUACCGGCGUUCUUGAGCUGUCCAACUGCUACUCCCAAGCUACAAGGGAAGCUUUAGCCAUCAUGGAUGACAUCGACUGUAAGACUCUGGAAAGCUUCCGGGCUGAACUGGUGUCCCUGACACCUCUGCUGGUCCAGACUGCUCAAGAGUCGGCCAUGAGCUCCUCACUGAGUACUGAGAGUGUCUUUCGACUCAGCACACAGUUUUCCGACCUCAUCAACAACAUCCGGAAGACUCUAAUGCCGGGAACCGGACCCUGGUUUCACGUUAUUUAUGCUGAGAUGCGUCUCGCUCGACUGACGACGGCAGAUGUGAAAAAGCAGCUAAAUGAAGUGAUGACCUCAUGUGCUGACACCGUGCAGCUGCUGACGUUGUCACAUGUAACUCCUCAAACGGAUGAGACUUUGACUCUUCUGCACAACAAACUCAACAAAGCCCAGAACAAUACGAGGAAUCUAAUGGAGUUUAGGGGCUCACCCGAAGGGCAGGUUGAUCAACUGGAGGGGCUCUGCAUCCUUUGGGGUCUGUCUGUUCGCAUUUUCUUCAGUUCUCUGGACAGGAUUUUGGGAACGUCAAGAAACAUCAACCAACACGGCCCUCAAAAGCUGCUCUCAGUCUUAUCAGAGAGCUCACUGAGAAUCCAGGAGGCUUUGAACCUCACCAGUCUAACCUGUAAAAGUGUUUUUAAGUCCAAAGAGUUAACAGUACUCCAGGAUGAGUUGAAAACUCUGACUGAGCGGUACCUUCAAGCUGCGGAGGACCUCUGUGUGACCCCAAGUGUCUUGCAACUCGCUCAGCCAGAGCUCCUUCAGAGAAAUGUUAUCAUUAAGAUGAAAGAGCUCUCUGGGCUUCUGAGCAAAGAAAAUAACAGUUAUGACACCGUGCUCCACAACCUGCUCAAAAUGGCUUAUGUGGCAGAAGAAGCACAGCAAAGAUUUGAACAAUCAGCUAGUUUGCUUUUUGAAAACGUAAAAGCCGCCACCAAAAAAGUGGAAGAGAGCUUCAGCUACAUGCGGGACAUCCGUACACGUUCCAACCUGCGGUCCAUCAAUAACCAUCUCUGUUUUCUGAUGUCUGAUAUCAUCAGUGAGAUGUGCCUCGUUGUCCAGACUGGCUCUUUCUGCGACACAUUUAACCUGGAGGUUAAGAUUCAGUGCUGGUCAGCCAAAGCUCACUAUGUGGUGGAGGAGAUCAGUAAGCAGGAUGGGAUUCACCAAGAGGCAAAGGAGAAGAUCAGAGCAGGUCUACAAGGCAUGUUGCCAGAUGGACAUGUCCAGGCUGUUCCCAUUGCAUCUAACGUCAAAAGGCCUGAGAUUCUCCCAAGAAGGAAUAAAGAUGCUGCAGAAUCAAAGACGAUAGCUAUUAUCAAACACAGAACCCCAAACACAAUAAGAAAUCAAGAAAGUGACAGCUGGGAUCCCAAAGAUAACAGAAUAGUCCAGCAGACCAGAAAGAUGGCGGAAACGUUGUACCACAUGACUCAGUUUCUGAGGAACAGAGGUCCAUUACUGAACAAAGAGGCGUUUGUCUGUGCAGCCAAAGAUGUGAUGUCAAACUGCCAAUCAGUGACUGACUUCAUUCAAGUCAUAGCCAAUCACUGCCUGGAUGAACAGUGUGCACAGGAACUAUCCCUCAUAGUGGAGCAGAUUCUCACCAUCACAAACCAGCUCAGCAUCCUCUCCAGUGUCAAUGCUGUAACACCUGGCUGCAAAUCAUCUGAUGAGAUCCUGGUGAAGAACACGCAGAACCUUCUCCAUACAGUCCUGCGAGGGGUUCACGCUGCAGAAACAGCCUGCAUCACAGGUUUAAAGCAGCCUGACCCAAACUCAGCUGAAGCCGAGGCCAUGGCCUUGUGUUUCCAAUGGAAGAGAAACCUGGAGAUCCAUCGAGCCCAGGAGACGUCCAACCCACAAACUGACGAGCUGGGUUUGAGGAAGAUCUCAUCGCACUCUCUCGCACCGAGUCUGGUGUCUCCGGUGCAAGAUGGCUUCAAGUUAUCGCUUCAAGGGGAAGAGCCCAGUCCUGCUAAUUUGGCUUGCCUAGGGUCACUGUACUGGGAUUGGAUCAGCUCCGCCAGGGCCUGGACGGGCAAGUUAUGCACUGCAGGGGGUGUAACAGCCGAGUCCAAUGAAACUGUGGGUGGACUGACAUGUGGGGACUGAUCAGAUGCUGAGUCUGUGUUUUUUGUCCCUUCCAAAGAGCCACGGCAUUGACUUGAGGAGGUAGGUUGCAGUGGAGGAGUCUCAUUCUUAACUGGAUUUUUCCAAAUACCCACUUUCUUGGGAGGAUCUACCUGAUCCUUCUGGACAGGCUCAGUUUGACUACGGAAGUCGUACAGACUAAUGCCACCCAGGAUUGUUGUGGGGCUUUCCAGGAUGCCUCCAGAAGAAGCCGGUCGAGGCGCAUAUGGUGGCAGCCUCUCAGACAGGAUCCAUCUGGACUAUUUUGACCAGGCGUGGGGAGCAAGCCCACACUUGGGGGAGGCUUGGGAAGUGGGGAAAUGCCUUGUUUCCUCAGGUCCUCCAGCUCCAACUCAUCCUCACGGGCAUUUUCGUCUUCAGUAUUAAUGAUCUGAUUAUCUAUACCGGAAUAUAUAUCCGGUAUAUUAGAUGUGGUUUUGUUAGCUUUAGUAGAGUACGUUUUGACUAUGUCUCACAUUAUCAAGCACCUCUUUGGUCACAUCAGUCAGAGCAUUAAUGGGAAAAUUUACAGUUGUCGCCUUGAUAGCACACUGUAAGAAAAUCCAAGUUGACUCAACUCAAAAUAAUUUGUAACCUUGCUGCCUUAAAAUUUUGAUUAAAUCUAG